AUGGACGCCACCGAGCUCGCAGCCGUCCAAAAACUUCUCAAGGAACUUCACCUCUACGCCACCUACGGCCCCGCCAAUGCGAACGAUCCAGACCCAUUCGAUGAGAUCCGUCAAGCCAAAUUCGGCAACGCCCUCCCAUACGAAGAAAGCCAGGACGUAAUCCUCGAUCCCACCAAAAACCUUCCCUUCCUCCCCACCGAAAUCCUCAGCGAAAUAAUGUCCCACACCACCCCCUCUGACCUCGCCAGCCUGCGUCAAACCAGCAAGCGCUUCCGCUUCGCCGCCAAAUCCCUCUUCGGUAAGCGCCUCGUCAACUCCCGCACCUUAUACCCUACCUACACGAGCCUGUCCUCCUUCCUGGCCUUGCUCCUCGUCGACCCGUCCUACCCCCACUUAGUCCGCACCCUCUCAUUGGUAAGUGAGCAUGCGGAGCCCAACGCAUACGGCUACGACUGGGCGUGGGAGGAGCUGCAGAACAAGGAGCGUACGGGUGCUACGCGCGUGGAUCGCGUGAUCAAGAAGUGUAUUGAGAUGCGGCACGAGCGGUGGUGUGCGAGUAGUGCGGCUUUUGUGUUUGGUGGGGGUUAUAGGGAUAUGUUGACUAUCCUGUUCAAACGCCUCCCCGCGCUCCAAACGAUCCACCUGCGAAAGCUCUUUCUCGGUGAGAACAUCCCUGGCCCCGACGGUAUCGAGUUUCUCCAGGGAGCGCUGCAGGAUUUGUCGUUUUACCGCCCUGGAUUGCCGGUCAAUCGUGUCUUUUAUGGCGAGUGGCAGUACGAUAUGGUGUAUCAGUGCGUUACGACGCUGAUUGAUGAGUAUGGUGACGAGUACAUCUGGGAGGGGGCGGGGCCCCAGGCAGACUGUAGGGCGGAUGCUACGGCUGCGGUGAAGAGGGCCGGGAGUAAGGCUGUUGUUGUCAAGGCGAAGAGGGGAACUGUUGAGGAAAUCGAUGAGCCCGAUGAGGAGACGUCGGAUGAGAUUUCCGACGAGGAGGAUGGCGACUGAGCAGGGCACUGGUGCUCUUAUCAGCAACGUUGAUUGACUUUUCCGAACUCCGAUUUGAGGGGUGAGACGGAAGUUUGGGCUGCUACUGGGUCGUUUGUACGGAUAUUGAAACAUUGUGAAUUGUCCUUGAUGGACUGAGAUUGCAGUUUGAGAGGUGAUACCCGCGAGGGUGGAUGAAGAAGAUGAAUGUAUGGUGGUGGAGAGAGACCAGUCAACAGUAGUAGCCCCAUGACGGCGAUUUCAACAAAACGACACAUACAACGGAAUGACAUAUAUAACAAAAAAACGAAAUAAUGGAACAAAAUAUUACGGCG